AUGGCGUUGGGUGUUUCACUUCUUCGGCACACCCUCAAGCAGCAGUAUCAACAUGCUGCACGGCAAGCGUCCUCCCUCGAACCACAAGCACAAACCACUCUAGACAUAUCCCCUUUGCCUGCAGAUUUACGACAUGGAACGAUUAUGGUGGUGGUAGCGUCGGCAGUGGCUGCUGCAGCAGUUCUGGGAUUGCUAGGCUUCCUCACAUACCGGCUGUUAUUCUGGCGCAAGCAUGACGGAGCCUAUCUCGGGCAUAACCAGUUUGUGGUUCUCAUCUACAAUCUGUUAUUGGCGGAUCUCCAUGUUGCGUUGGGCUUCAUCAUGUCAAUUCACUGGAUGGUGUAUGACAGCCUACACGCCAACUCCCCCGUUUGUGCUAUACAAGGAUGGCUAUUACAGAUAGGCGAUCCGUCAAGUGGACUGUUCGUCCUCGCCAUUGCGAUUCACACCUUUGCAACAGUCGUUAUCGGAAGGAAACUAUCUUACAGGCUGACCGUGAGCUGCAUUAUUGCACUUUGGGGCUUCUGUUUACUCCUUGUCCUGAUCCCAACUAUCAGACAUGGAAAACGUACUUUCGUUCCAUCUGGCGCCUGGUGCUGGAUCGAUCAAGAGUUUGAAGCAGAGAGAUUCUGGGCCCAUUACUUUUGGAUCUUUAUCUCCGAAUUCGGCUCUCUCAUACUCUAUGCAUUCCUUUUCUUUUAUCUUCGACGCAAGAUGCAAGCGUCCGCUGCUCUGGCACGCGGACAGAGGGAGUACCUUGGGAGGCUCCGCAGAGUCACAGGUUACAUGGUGCUUUACCCCUUGGCAUACCUGCUAUUGUCUCUUCCUAUCGCUGCCGGGCGUAUGGCAAGCGCUAGCGGCCGUCCUCCAUCCCUCACCUAUCUAUGUGCUGCAGCUGCCAUCAUCGCAAGCUCUGGAACAGUCGAUGUGAUCAUGUAUACACUGACACGCAAAGCACUUCUCCUUGACUCCGAACUCAGUCGAUCAUCAGAAAAGGGCGGAUCUGGCUCCCAUGGCCGGCGGAGUCAUAACGUCUCUGCUACCACAGACCGCCGAAGAGCCAAGGGCUACGAGCUAAGGAAGAUGCCGAAGUUCACUACGAACGAUAACACCUUCUCUGAUCGAUCCACUGACGACAUAAUUGAUGAAAUCGAGAAGGGUGGUUUCUGUCGGGUGUACCAAGAGACCACCAUCGAGAUCACUCAUGAGCCCGCCAUGUCAGACCUAGGUUCGCCUUCGUCUGUUGAUUCGAUCGAGCAGGUUGUAAACGCGCCUCCCCAACAGCCACGCCAACCAUGGACAAGUCGAUGGAAAUGA